AUGACCUUUCAAGGCAGGGGACCUCGAGAUGUUCACCCGCAAAAGGGUCUCGAAGAUUUGAAGCCUCAAGCAGAAGGCAAUCUGUCGGUAAUCGUCUUUCACGCUGUACGCUACGAGCUUCUCUUCGGCGACGGCUUGCCUCUGGGCCUCCUUGGCUCAGGCUUCUCUUUCACCACUAUCGAGUAUUUUUUCAACAAAAAGUUUCUAGCUGCAGCGCUAGGAUGGUUCAAUCGCAGACAAGCACAAAGGAAGAUCUGCUUCUUAGCCCUCCUUGUCAUAUCGGGAACGAUUGCCCCAUUGGCUGGUCCGGCGAGCGCGACGUUGCUGGUUCCGAAAUCCCAGUCGUGGCCCAGUGGCGGUACUGAAUACUUUCUUGAUGGCUCUACCAACGAUUUCUGGCCUGUUGAUAUGUCUGGUGAUAUGGCGACGCUGCAGACGCUUUGCAAUUCUAACAACUCCAAUGCACUAAGCGUAUGUCCAGCUGGCGGAUUUUCAUCUCUCCUAGAACACUGGAGCCGCACUAAUUUCAAAGAUUUCCAAAGAGCAGACGUCCAACCCUACGCUAAACAGCUUUCUGGUUCCAACUUCUACUGGCCGAUCCAUAGUCCGUCUUCGCAUAUCCCGCCCCGUUAUGCCCUGGGCGAGGCAAGGCUUGACGAUAAAUCUAGGUCCAAUACCUGGCUCGUGAUACCACACGCAGCGCCUGUCGCGCUAUCACAACAGGUCAUGGUGGAUUGGUGGGCAGCAGUAGCUCCCGAUGAUAUUACCCAGCCGUCCAAGAUCGAUGAUCGCCAAGCAUCCACCACUCACCUCAACGCAAUCACGAAUGCACGGUGCUCACCACCGCAGGAACUUUCUGCCACGGAUAGUGUUGUACUGUUCCCCUCGCUUCGAGGGAGGUUCGACUACGCAGAACCGCAGAAAUUGAGCAUUGGUGAUCUAGCAACAGUGCCCACAGAUCACUUGAGCUUUCGAUGGAUACAUCUGCCAGAUGAAUUCGGUGCACUGAGCAUUGGAGGUCUCUUUGAGAGUGCUUGGAAUAACAAUCACUCGAGAAUCGUGAUAGGUUGUUCGGCACAAGCCGGCUGGGUUCCAGCACAGGCGAAAACCGACGAGUAUGCAUUCUGGACAGGCUGGUAUCCUUGGAAUAUCACAUUUGGUGGCAGGGUGCCCUUUUUCAAUGCUAUUGCCCCAGGUGAGCCGCUUGGAUUGACGAAUGGAAGAGUAGCACUUGGCGAUGCCUGGUUGGCACUGCUAACGCCACCAGCAAAUACGAAAGUCCUCACGUCCCGAAAUUCCAAGCCAAGUACCAUAGAAGUUAUACUCGAGGGUGCUGGACUGGACGAUCGCCUCGAUAUUGUGGAAGGCCAGAAUCUGACAGAAAAAUGGUCAGCUCCUACCAGCAGCAACGGAACCAGGACUCGUCUGAUAGAGGCUAUCAUCUGUAGCGUUGUUGCUGAUGGCCUCAGCAGAUACGGCAGCCACAUGGUCUACAAGAAUGCCACGAACCCUAUGGACUUAUCCCUUCGUAGCUACGAAAGACUUCCUGACUUUAAACACCGCAUUGAGAAGGGAGCACGGGCAUUGGAUAUACCAAACGCACCUGAAGGUCAAACAACAACACUUCGGGUAGAUAUGCAAAUAACAGGAUUCUCUAUCCGCAUCUCGCUCGCUGGCUAUCUUGCUAUGAGUGUGCUGAUGGCACACAUGCUUCUGGCUAUAGGUCAUGUGAUAUGGAUGAUAUCGAAACGAGAAACGUUGGGGUGCUGGAGUCUUGUGACAGACAUUAUUACUCUGGCGUACAAUUCCAGGACUGUUGCGCCGUGUCUCAAGAACACAGGAGCAGGUGUCGAACGUCAUUCAACGGUUCGACAAGUUGCUAGGAUAUUGGCUAGACCUCACCCAGAGACUUGUGCCAUGGAUCGGGUUGAGCUUGUAUUUACAGAUUCAGCUGAUAUUGACGGCAAGCCGUGCCUUCUCGAGGCGGAAAUGGGUGAUGUUGCAUAUGAUAGUCGAGAAAGCUCAGCAUAUGAAACAGAGCCAAGCGAUUCAUCUAGUGUCCUGGACGAACGUGUAUACACUACAGCGAAAGACACACUGCUCGCCAAAGCCACUCUUGCCAAGCGGAAAGGGUUUGAGCAAGUUCAGGUUGGUCGCAAAUAUUGCUAA